AUGCAAAUAAUCCAACCAACAGAGCACAAGGUUAAAAACCCAAGAAACAAGAGAAACAGCGGAAUGAAGCACUCCGCAGCCAUGGCAAAGAAGGAGAGGGAGCAGCUAGACAGAACAAUCGUGAAAAAGAAGGCGGCUCUGGAGGCAGCGCUGAAGUGCCCUCCUGCAAUCCAGCAGUUCAAGCAGAAGAUGGACAGCGAGCUGAAGGACAAGAUAGAGGAGAUCUUCCUGAGAUACAAGCCUGAAAACCCAGAAGAGAAGGCCAAGAGGCUUGAGGAGGGAAAGGAGAAGCCCAAGACAUCAAUCCAGUUUGGAAUCAGGCAGAUCGUGAAGAUGGUGGAGAAGAAGAAGGCAAAGCUGGUGCUUAUUGCCAACAACGUAGACCCCAUUGUGGUGGUUCUGUUCCUGCCCUCCCUCUGCAAGAAGAUGGGCGUGAGCUACGCCAUAUACGACUCAAAGGAGAGGCUUGGCGCAAUGGUCGGGCGAAAGGCAGCCGCCUGCAUUGCAUUGGACGAGGUAGUCCCAGGGCUGGAGCCUUUGAUCUCUGAGGUGAACGAGCAGUUCUCAGACAAGUACGCAGAGACCAUGAAGAAGUGGGGAAAGCCAGAAAGUAAGUAA